CUCGACAAUACUACCAGAGUGAAAGAAGAGAUCAAACGAAGAAAAGAAACUAUACUUUUUUUAGUAACAAGUUAAUCUUUUUGUGUAUCUUAAAAUAUGAUUUUUUUUUUAAAAAAAAAAAAAUAGUUUCAGAUAAACACACAUUCUAAGGUCAGGAGACGACCCAAAAAGCCGUUGAUCAUAUCAUAGGCGGGCAAACCUGACAAGAUUCACGCUUCUCAAUGGAACAACAAGGUUCACACAUAUGUACAUCUUACCCUCUUAAAUCCAUUGCACAAGGCACUCAAGAAUGAGAUGAGAACUAACCAGCAUCCAAUUGUUGAUAUCUUGGAGGUCAUUGAUGCCAAAAUAAGGAGGCUCUGGUACACGAUUUACAUAGUACAACUUCAAGACCGUGCCAUCUUCAUAUUUUAAUAAGGAGAUUUCUCGCUGCUAAGAAUGAUAAAUGAGUACGAAAUCUCUCUUAUCUACAGAAAAUCCAUACUCAAUGAUUUUACUCUCAUUCUUAGAUAUAACAUCAUCGGGAGAUUCAUACUCAGACAAGUUAGAUUCCAUGCAGCAAAUGAUCUCCAGAUGGGGCUAAAAACAACAUGAAUAGAGUUAAUCUGAGCAAACCAUCACGGAACGAGGCAGGACUUGAUGUUUAUCCUCUGUACUACCUUUUUGACAAGGCUGAGCUCGGAAUAGUGUACGUGAAUCAUCAGAACAAAAAGCGUCUCCUUGUACUUAAAGAGAUAAAUAAGUGUUUUGAAGGAGCGCUGAAGAUCAUAAAGAGAAGCUAGAAGAACUAAAGAAGAAUAUCAUCCUCGUUGAAGCCAGUGACGAAGAGGCGAAGGAACAUACAACCCUAACUGGAACGGGGCGGGCAAAACCUCCCAAAAAAGCAUACCAAGAUCAGGAUUGGGGUUUGGGAAGGUGAGGAUUAUAAAAGCCGUCAAAUUCAAAUUCGCGGAACCACAAGAGCUCAAUCUCCACAAGGAAUUCUAAUAAUCCGAUUCGCAGCAGCUAUGACUGAGUACUGGGUUAGUCAGGGCAACAAAUGGUGUGAUUUCUGCAAAAUCUUUCUCUCAAACAAUCCUUCAAGCAUCAGGAAUCAUGAGCUUGGUCAACGUCACAAAGACAAUGUUGCACAAAGGCUCAAUACGAUGAGAAAAGAGAAAACUGCAAAAGAGAAAGAACAGAAGGAAGCAACUCGUGCUCUUGAACAAAUUGAAGCAAAAGCCCAACGCAGCUAUCAAAAGGAUGUAGCUCAAGCCCGAGCAGCUGCUAAAGAUCCUACUGUUUCUGAAGAUUGGGGGGAGCAUGACAGCUCAUCAGGCUACUAUUACAACAAGACCAAUGGUUGUUACUAUGACCCGAAAUCUGGCUUCUACUACACAGAUGCUUUAGGCCGGUGGGCCACACAGGAAGAGGCAUUAGCAGCAACCCAAGCUGUUACUACAUCAGAAUCUGCUCCAAGGAAACCUGUUUUAAAACAGAACCAUGCUGUCUCAGAAACACUUCAAAGUGGUCCCCCUCCGGGGCGUGUUGUUUCGACUCCACUUAAUCCAACCAGAUCUGUAAAAGGUGCUGCUCCCUCUUCAAUAUCGGUUGACAACAAAAGAAAAAGGGAAACAACUCAGAAGAAGCCAACAAAAGCUAUGUCGGAAGCGGAAUCAGCUGCACUCAAAGCAAGGGAAGCUGCUAGGAAGAGAGUUGAGGACAGGGAAAAAUCUUUGCUUGGCCUUUAUAAGCAUUAGCCUCUACUUGUUAAAACACCUAGAGGGGGAUGAAUUCUUGCUUUAUGUAUUGCGCUUUGUACCGUAAGAUGUUGCUAAGCAAUAUCUCCAUAUCGAUUUGUAACUUGCCAUGGGUUUAGAGAGAUAUAUGUUUCUCAUUUUCUUCAGAAUAAUUUCAUUCAAUGUGACGGGAAAUAUUGAGUUUGUUUCACCUCUUUCGUUGUUGCAAAUUACAAUUAGAUGUUUACAUAUUUCGACUAUAUGAUGAUAGAGUUUCUAAAUCAAAAUGUGGGCCUUCAAUGUCAUUAUUUAUUUGUCUA